UAUAUAUAAAGCCAAAGCCUUUAGGUUAAUCGCAAAUCUCUACUUCUCUCUUAGGGUUUGCGAAAUCGCUUUCUCUGCAAUCGGAACCCUAAUAAUUGAUCAUAUCGAUUGUUAGAUCGGACCAGAGAGAAAAAAGAUACAGAGAGACAAACAAUGUCUCGGUGUUAUCCUUAUCAUGGACCUCCGAAUGCGAACAAAGGAGAGGCCUUGGACGAGUUGAUUAAGCUUCGAAAAGAUAAAGAAGAAGUGUUAAAGUUAAGGACAGGAAAAUGUGAUAAAACAUUGAAAAGGAAUGAUCUUCAGGAGAAGAUCAAGAAGAAGAAGAGAAAAAGUAAUGAUGGGCAUGUUUCUAAGGUAGAUGACUCAAGUGAUGUUACUCAAGAAGAUGGGCAACCAAUUAGUAGCAAUUACAAGAAGAGGAGAUUAGAUGAAGUGGAGUCUAAUAAUGUUGGGGACAAGGAAAAUAGAAAGAUUCUUAUCCGGAUACCCAAUACUGGAUUUGGGAAACAUAGCUUUAAACCCUGCCGGGAAUUGCCAUUGGCUGUAUCGGAGAGCAGAAUUGAAACUAAGGGUGCUCUUAAGCAAUGCCAAGAGUUGCCAUUAGCUGCACAAGUGAGCAGUAAGGAGAGUAAACAAGAGUUACAAAAUCAGGAGUUGCCCUUGCCUUUGUCUUUGCAAGGGAGCAAUAAAUUGGAGAGUAAUGAAGCGAAGAAACUCUGUGUUAGACUAUCUCCGCAGUUACUUAGACAACGCCAGGGAUCAUCAUUAGCUCCACAAACGAGCAGCAGGGAAAUUAAGAAGGAAGAAGCUCAGAAACUGCCUCUUAAAACAUCUCGAGAGUUGCCUUUGGCUGUACAAGAGUGCAAUAAAUCCAACAGGAAUGAAGCUCAGAAGCUUUGUCUUAAACCAGCCCGAGAGUUUCCAUUAGCUCCACAAGCUAGUAGCAGGGAAAUUAAGAGUGACAAAGCUCAGAAACUACCACUUAAAAGGCCUCGAGAGUUGCCUUUGGCUGUACAAAAGUGCAAUAAAUCUAAGACGAAUGAAGCUCAGAAACUCUGCCUUAAACCAUCUCAAGAGUUGCCAUUAGCUCCACAAGCGAGCAACAGGGAAAUUAAGAGGGACGAAGCACAGAAACUACCACUUAAAAGGUCUCGAGAGUUGCCUUUAACUGUACAAGAGUGCAAUAAAUCCAAGACAAAUGAAGCUCAGAAACUCUGCCUCAAACCAGCUCGAGAGUUGCCAUUAGCUCCACAAGCGAGCAGCAGAGAAACCAAGACAGAUGAAGCUCAGAAGCUCUGCCUUAAAACAUCUCAAGAGUUGCCUUUGGCUGUUCAAGAGAGCAAUAAAUCCACGAGGAAUGAAGCUCAGAAACUUUGCCCAAAACCAGCUCGAAAGUUGCCAUUAGCUCCGCAAGCGAACAGCAGGGAAAUCAAGAAGGAUGAAGCUCAGAAGCUCGGCCUUAAAACAUCUCAAGAGUUGCCUUUGGCUGUUCAAGAGAGCAAUAAAUCCAAGAAGAAUGAAGCUCAGAAACUGUGCCUUAAACCGUCUCAAGAGUUGCUUAAACAACGGCAAGAGUCUCCAUUAGCUCCACAUGUAAACAAUAGGGAAAGAAAGGGGUGUGAAGAAGCUCAGAAAUUCUUCGUUAAACCAGCUCGUGAGUUGCCCUUGGCUACCCAAAAUAGCAAUAAAUCCAAGAGUAAUGAAGCUAAAAAACCCUGCCUUAAAUCUGCUCGAGAGUUACCCUUGCCUAUACAAAAUAGCAAUAAAUCCAAGAAUAAUGAAGCUAAAACUUUCUGCCAUAAACCAGCUCAAGAGUUGCCCUUAGCUAGACAAGAGACCAAUAAAUCCAAUAGUAAUGAACCUCAGAAACUCCUCCUUCAACCAGCUCGAGAGUUGCCCUUAGCUAGACAAGAGUCCAAUAAAUCCAAUAGUAAUGAACCUCAGAAACUCUUCCUUCAACCAGCUCGAGAGUCGCCUUUGGCAAUACAACAGAACAACAAAUUCAAGAGCAACGAUGCUCAAAAGCUCUGCCUUAAACCUUCUCAAGAGUUGAUUAAAAAACCGGAAGACUUGCCAUUACCUUCAUGUGGAAGGGAAAGCAAGAAGCCCCAAACUCAAAAACUCUGCACAAAACCAGCUCAAGAGUUGCCUUUGGCUACACAAGAGAGCAAUAAACCCGAGAGUAAUGGAGCUCAGAAACUCGACCCUAAACCACAAAAGAGGAUAGAAUCCAAAAGGGCCUCCUUGAAAACCAGUUCAUGUGUUAAAGAUGAUGGUAUUCAAAGCUGUGCUUAUUUGUAUAAAAAAUUGAUUGAGGAUAGGGUUCUUCCAAAGAUUGAAAGAGAGCAUUGUGAUUUUGAGGACGAAUGGCUCAUCGGGUCAAAGAUGGAAAAGCAGGAAAAUAGACAAGAAUCCAUAGUACAUGAAGUAACAAAUGCUGUUUUAUCAAGUUCUAUGAGCUGCAAUUUGUGGCCAAAAGCUCAUUACUUACCUAAAGCUGAUGUGUUUGCAUUGCCUUACAGAGUGCCCUUCUAAUUUUUGAUAGUUAAAUUUGAGAUAAUUUUUUAAUUUUUUAUUUAGUUCAGUGUCUUAACCAAAAAAACAGAGAACCAUAUACUGAAAUUUUGUAAAGUAUGAAUCACACUAAUGAGAAUGAGAAGAGUAGUAUGAUUACUUUAUGUGAA